AUGCCUCCGCUCUGGGCCCUGCUGGCCCUCGGCUGCCUGCGGCUCGGGUCGGCUGUGAACCUCCAACCCCAACUGGCCAGUGUGACCUUCAUCACCAACAACCCCACACUCACCACUGUGGCCUUGGAGAAGCCUCUCUGCAUGUUUGACAGCUCAGAGGCCCUCACUGGCAACUACGAGGUCUACCUCUAUGUCCUGGUCGACUUGGCCAGCUUCAGGAAUGCCUCCGUGCAGGACAGCACCAAGACCCCACUGAGCUCGACCUUCCAGCAAACUGAGGGUGGGAGGACAGGCCCCUACAGAGCCGUGGCCUUUGACCUGACCCCCUGCAGUGACCUGCCCAGCCUGGAUGUCGUCAGGGAUGUGUCACAGGCCUCGGAAAUCCUAAAUGCAUACCUGGUCAGGGUGGGCGCAAAUGGGACCUGCCUGUGGGACCCCAACUUCCAGGGCCUCUGCAACCCACCCCUGUCGGCGGCCACAGAGUACAGGUUCAAGUACGUCCUUGUCAAUAUGUCCACGGGCUUGGUUCAGGACCAGACCCUAUGGUCGGACCCCAUCCGCACCGGACGGCUGACCCCAUACUCGUCCAUCGACACGUGGCCAGGCCGACGGAGUGGAGGCAUGAUUGUCAUCACUUCCAUCCUGGGCUCCCUACCAUUCUUCCUGCUCUUGGGCUUUGCUGGUGCCAUCGUCCUCAGCCUGGCGGACAUGAGGAGUUCCAAUGGGGAAAUGACUCAUGACUCCCAGAUCACGCAGGAGGCUGUCCCCAACACACUGGGGACCUCGGAGCCUUAUACAUCUGUGAACAGGGGGCCGCCCCUGGACAGGGCCGAGGUGUAUUCCAGCAAGCUCCAGGACUGA